GUUACUAUUUUACAACCACCGGCUAAUACCAUAGAAACCUGUACAUCGAUCACAGAUCCUCAUUAUUCGUCUUUUGGAGGGUUUGUAAAGACUGACUUCUUGCCGAUUCUUUUUUCUUCAAUUUGUUUCUUUUCGUCUUGCCUUUUUUCGUUUUGUCUUUUUGUUUGUUAGUUUGUUUUGUUUUGUUUUGUUUUUGUUUGGUAUUCACUCGAUUCACGCAUGAUUCUUAAAUUUCAUAUAACUUUAAAGAUGGCUGCAAGGAAACGAACGGAAAGAAAAUAGAACAGACUGUGUGACAAGCUGUUAUUCCUUAACUGAAAUUAAGUAAAAAACUGAGACAAAAAGGCAAAAAAAAGCGCAAAAAAACCAAUAUAAAAAAGAAACAAAAAUGAACAGGAAGAACAAAUUCGUGGCAUAACAGAAGAAUAUAAGUGAACUAAAUUUCCCAAAAGGCACCCAAACAGAAUCCUAACAAAGAUGUGAAAAAUGAUUGAGACUCAAGUAAAGCUCAAUCAUUUUCCAAACAAUUCUCGACCCGUAGUUUUGCUGUCCUCAGAGGUAUGUAUUGUGGUAUGAUAAAGAUAACAUAAAUCCUGCACAGAACAUCAGGUAUAGAUAAAACAAAUAAUCAGCUGUCUUUGUGUGUACAUGUGUCCAGGUAUUUCAAUUUUAUGGGCCUUGGUGACUUUAUACUUUACAGGAAUACGGAAAGGAACUUUGAGGUAAGGAGUACACUGAUAAAUGUUUAGAAGAAUUAUUUUCACUUGUUACAUUGUAAUUGUUAUUCAUGCUUUCCAAAGAGCUGAAGGAUACAUGCGUUGUCAUUUUAACCAACCAGAGCUUUUGUUUUUUUUGUAAUUGGUUGCAAUUGGGUGGCAUUCUUGACGGUUGACGUUGAGUAAAGAAUUCGUUUUAACUUCAGACGGCUAUCUUGCAUGGAAAGCUGGCUUAUCGGAAUAGAAACAAAAAGUGUCACGGAGUUUUACAUAUUCUUUCGCUAUUUGUUAAUUGAGCACUAUCAAUAAUCAUGAGGACCUCAAGUUUUAUAAGAACAAACUGCUUUGAGAUGACUGAUUAAAAGAGGUUUUAAGUGUUUCAGGGGCAUAUAAUGAGAUUGGCACAGUGCAGGCCAGGCAAAUGUGAGAUAAAUCCAUCCACAAACUCUGUUGAAGCUGUUUAUAAUGUCAGCAAGUCUUUGACCUAAGAAUGUUGGGUCACAACUAGGGGGAAACUAGCUGCGAGUCGUACCACGCUUUUGCUAUUUGAGUCAAGGACUCUCGACCUGUCUUUUCCAGUAUUCUUUACGUUCUCUACUUAAAGAUAUCAUCUUCUCUCGUACUACUUACCUCUAAUAUCGCGUAAAAAACCUCUAAGAUACAUGCUUAUACAAAGAUAUUCACCAUCGGAACGUAUAAGUGGGCAUGUUGGUCUGGACUUCGAAUUUAGACAGCAAGUUCAUGCUAAACAAAUGCGAAUGGCUAGAUCAUAUUGAACUAACUUACUGAAAUACUUCAUCACAGUUAGCAAAUUGUAUGAAAAUUAUGAACUCCAUCAAAACUGUCACUUUUUAUAGGUUCAUACGAGGCAGUGGUCGUGUAACGGUAUAAAGCCGGAAGACCACCAGCCCGGACAGAGAAGAGUUAGUUGCAAUUGUGUGCAGUCCUUAGAGAUCACAAUGACGUGAUUGAGUUCAGCUGUUGCAACGAUUUUAUGCUUCGGGACGACACAACGCCUCUUACUGUCAAGAUACGAAGCAAGAAGUGCUUAUCUCCUGGAAUUUCCAUAAAAAAAGGUUAUACCCGGGAGCAGUAGCCGAUAUGAAGUAAGCAAAUGACUGUUAUAUAUAUAUUUAUAUAUUUUUUUCUCUUUUUUAAUAGUUAUUUAUAACUGAGUUGCUUCACGCGCUUCAUUAUUUAACAAAUAGAGAAGCCUUGACUGAGCUCUGUUCUGUUAUAAAGCACGCAGGAAGCGGCUAGAGCACGAAAGAAGUGUAGGGAGAAACACGAGACGUAGCAUUACUUUCAAUUUUCAAAACAAACUUUAUUUCCAAAGCGAACAACAGUGUCGUCAGCAUGCUCUAUACUCUCAUAAAGCACGCUACAAUAAGCCAAUCAGAAUCCUUGUUAGAAUGGUUCAAAUGAUCUGAUUGGCUGUACAAGACUAAAGCUGUCAAAAGUGUCAAACCAUCAAAGUUAACCUUCUGCGAUAGUUUACAAACUAAAAUAGUUCGGCAGGUCAAAUUUAACAGUUUUGCCGGAAGUUUUUAAGUCUCUAAGACAGAAUCUUGAAGUGAAAUGUUCAGUGAACUUCAGCCGAAUUAUGGCUCAUAAAAACACGCGAGUUUUUUCACAUGGCAAGGUAGAAAACAAACUGUUCAAGACGAGUGUUUUUUGAAUGAACGACAGCCGAAUUCACCGGAACAUGAAGAUCGUUCGGGAUGACAGCGCGGCAAAACUCGGCUGCAGUGACAGAUGUGACUUUCCACUCAACGCAUCGGAAAGGAUAUUAGAACAAGCUCUUAUUUUUCACUCGAAGGGCGGCCGAUGUAGUUUCUGAGGCUUGCUUUACUGUGAUGACCGGAGAUCGCCAUGAUGAGCGAGCCGCGAUGGACUUCAGCAUGAUCAUAUUCGCUUAGAAACCGUCAUGAUUAGAAUGAAUUUUCACAGUUAUGUCAGUUUGGUUAUAUUUUUCAUCACUUCUGUUUUGUUCUGUUUUGUUUUUGAACACUGAACUUUAUAUGCUAUCUGAAUAUUAGCUGUGUUUGAUUUUUAUUUCCGUACGUAAGCUUGCAAUCUAACUGAGCGUGAAUCAAUCUUUAAAACUCGGAAUGUCUAUUUUGUUUUUCCUUUGAGGAUUUUCGUAUCUGCUCACGUUUUAAUAACGUAAAUUACGGCGCCUGGUAUGUUUACAAACCUUUAUUUGAUUUUUCUACUACUUGCCGGCUCGCUUGGUCCGAAAUUUCACUUUCAAUAAUCGGAAUAAAGCUGAAAAGAAGUCCCGGAAAAGGUCGAACAUGGUACAAUUUGGCAGAUGGCGUGACAGCUUUAGCUCAGCUCUAUGCUCUAUACUCUCAUAGAGCACGCUCUUUGAACCAAUGACAGCGCGCGUUAUAUCCGAACUUUAUUAUAAAUUUCCAUAAAGCACGCGCCUAACAUCACACGAGUGCACUGUUGAGGUAUACUGCACGCAACCUACGUCAUCGAUACGAGCGUGCGCAAUUCACGAUACAUUUUCUAAUUAAAAGAAAUAAAAAAAAAUUGUUCCUUAAGCAUUACUGAGUUAUAUAAGCACUUGGGAGUUUUUAAGAACACUCAUGCUUCUCCGCACUUCUCUCGUGCUCUUAAAAAUUCCCGCGUGCAUGUAAAACUCAAUAAUGAACUCGGCGCGUUUUUUUUUUUCCUUUAGGAAAGCACGCAAGAAGCGGUUAGAGCACGAAAGAAGUGUAGGGAGAGUGUUUCUAAGUGCUUUACAACAGAACAGAGCACAGUCAAGGCUUCUCUAUUUGUUUUAUGAUAAAGAAUCGUUAAAUUUCCCCACGCAUUACUUUCAAUUUUUAAAACAAGUUUCAAUUCCAAAACGAAGAACAGUGUCAUCAGCAUGGUCUAUACUCACCUAAAGCACGCUACAAUAAGCCAAUCAGAAUCCUUGUUAUAAUAGUUCAAAUUAUGGGAUCGGCUGUAUAAGACUAAAAGUGCCAAAAAUAUCAAACCAUCAAUGUUCACAUUCUGAAAUAGUUUACAAACUUAAAUAGUUCAGCAGGUCGAAAUUAACACUUUUGCCUGAAGUUUUUAGUCUCUAAUACAGAAUCUGAAAGUGAAAUGUUUAGUGAAAUCCGACCGAACUUUGGCUCAUAAAAACACACAAGUUUUUUAAUAUGACAAUGAGAAAACAAACUUUUCAAGGCGAGUGUUUUAUGAGUGAACGACAGCCGAAUUCACCGGAACAUGAAGAUCGCUCGAGAUAACAGAGCCAUAAAACUCGGUUGCAGUGACUGAUGUGGCCUUCCGCUCAAUGUAAAGGAAAGGACAUCAGAGCUUAAUUGUUCACUCGAAGGGCGGCCGAUGGAAUUUCUGAGGCUUCCUUAAAGAGGAGCUUUUGUCAGCUCCUCAUAUCUUUCCUUUCAACUACAAAUUAAGUAUACUUUAAAAAUUUUAAUUUUUUCCUGUUAAGGUGCUUUUCCCAUCAGGAGCAAAGGUUGAAAUAGCAAGAAACUAUUGGGGACUUGAUGUUUCCCUUUUCACACCAAGGGCAAAGGACGUAAACAAUGAAAGAGGACUUUGUCUUCACAAUCCCGCUACAAUCGAUGCGGAAGGGAUGAAGGAAAGGUAAUUAUGUCUUAGAAGAAAAUCUAAGUAACGUCGAUCAUAUUGUUAAGUACGCAGAAAACGUCCGAACAUCGAUUUAUCAUUUGCACUGCUUAUGUCUUCUUAGCACAAUGACUUUUCGGGCUGUGUUCAAUUAUUUUCUAUAAAACCCACGAAGCUAGCUGUAUAGCUAGUCAGUACAUUAUGCUCGAAUGAUCCUCUCUUAUAAGAGCGCUCUUUAUUCAUGCGGGAUUUCCUAACGUUUUAAGCUAUUUUGACUUUGGUUUGUUUCUUCAAGCUGCCGGAGAUUAUCUGCCUUUUACUUUUCAGGCUGGAGGUCGGUGAAAGCUUUUUUGAUACACUUCCGGAUGACGUAAACGCAGGCUAUGUGGAAUAUGCCAGGGCAUGUUUGUGUCCCAUAGAUGGUCAAAACAGUCAAACUCAUUGCCAAAAUGUAUUUGAUGCCGCUUUUCCUACUCUACUGAACACAGCUAUGGAAGAUGCCUCGCCUACAGAGUUGUGUGAUCGACAGAAGAGGGAUAUUCACUACUCCGAUGAUGUCACAGAUGAAGAUUUACAGUUAUUUAAGCAUACACUUAACGCGCAUCAUCGUUUCAGGAGGGCAGUAGCUGACGACCAAAUUCCUAAAGAAAACGCCACACGUUAUUGUGCUGAGAGAAUAUCCGACACUAAGCUUGGUAAGCUCUGUGCGCAGUUUGGAGUGAAUGUACAGCAGCUAGUUGAGACAUGUUCGGCUGAUUUAGAGGUAAGGUAGAACGAAACAUUUCUGGUUAUCUUUUUACAUACAAAACAAAAAAUGAUAUCUGUGUACUUCAACUACACACCACCAAUCGGCAAUGAUUAUUCUCAAAAAGUCUAAUUGUCUGUAAUGAUGGUUCUUCCUUAUCAAAUUGUUGCCCAGCCAAAGAAGAGCUCUUGUAUCUGAAAAAUAGAUGUUAAUAAAUAGGUUCUGAGUGGAUCCAAAUCGUCAGAAGUUGCCCCGAUUUCGAUACCUUUAAACCACUGUUACUCUUUGACAAGAUGACUGGCUGGUUUAUCAAUUUUUCCAGAGGGGAUUUUAUAGCAAAACCUGCUCUUUCACUCUCUGCUGAUUUGUCCGUUUUGGAUUAGCUGUUAGCAAGGCAUAAAUAAGAGAAAGCUUGCGAUACACAUCGCAUGGGGAGAAGAAUAUCAUGGGUGACUUAGAAGCUCUUAUUAGUUGGUGAAUGACCAGAAGAAAAAACAGUUGUCAGCUCACCAUUAGAUUUAAAUUUUGGGAUAACUAAUCGUUAAUCCUCAAUGAAAAUAUGGAGUCAAUUUAUUCGAGGCUUUUAAAAUUGCUGUCAAUCCUUUAAAGUAAAACAGUGAUGGAGUAGAUUUUCUUUUCUUUUUCUUUAUUAUGUAAGAUUUUGUUUCAAUUCGAAUCAAGCUUAACAUGGGGGGUUUCUUUUCCCAAGCGUUUUUUUUUCUGUUUUUUUUUGCAUGAUUCAGUAUAUAGCUUUAAAUGGAAAAAAUAAUUAGUCACCGAUUGAUAGAGAAAUCCAGCCCUUUUUUUUACAUUAAGCAUAACCUCUGUUUGGUGAGAAAAUUAUGAUAGGCUUGUGAUUAUAAUGGAAAAUGACUGGUCUCUUCCCUUCAAAACUGAUUACAUAUAAUAAAGUGUUGAUGAUCAUAAAUGUAUGUAUAUCAAUUAUAUUACAUUCAUGGUUAUAAUGAUAAAAAUUAGGAUAACGACAACAGUAUAUUUACAAAAUACAUCAAAAAAUAUAUAAAAAUUAAUGCAUAAAUGCCCGUUUCCUUUCGCCACUUUCAAAUUACUGUAUUUUGCUGAACCCGGUUCAAUGAUUUUCUCAAUAAAAAUUUCAGCAAUAUUUCGCUGAAUUUUGUUGAAACUGGCUGAAUGAUUAUUGAAAAUUUAAAAAUAGGGGACAUCAUCCAAGUCUCUAAAGAUACAGGUAUUUAUUCUACAGCCUAUUUUUUUUUUUUUUCUUGUUUAAAAGUUUACAGGGGACCUUUCCUUUGCAAGUGGUAGUGUGGCAGUAUUAGUCGAACAGUGUGGAAUAUUGGGUGCCAAAAAUCUAUCCAUGCUUGCAAACAAAAGUAGCGAAGCAAAUCCCGUGGCUAAAGCUUUGGUUGAACAAGUCGCUGAGUUGCUGUGUCCAAAUGAUUGUACUCUAAACGGAGAAUGUGUUAAUGGCUCCUGCGUAUGUUACAAAGACUACACAGCUUCCGAUUGCUCGGUGUCCAUCUAUCAAUUACCUACAAUCUCCAGGUAGGCUGCUUAAAACACUUCCGUUUUCCUCAUUUCCAACUUAACAACGACCGGUUAAUGUUCAAUUAGUCAGUCCGUCACUCAUCAAUCAAACUGUCAAUCAAUCGCUCAAUCGAUAUAUCCUACCGAUUGACAGAACGGUCGAUUAUUUCUGCCCGCCAUAGUUCGACAGUUAAAGAUCAGUUAUUACCAGAAUCAACCAAAAAAAUAUCUGUAACCCCACAGAACUGCGACACAGAGUGCUUUCUUCUUUUCUCGUGGGUGUUUGGUGCUCUUUAGAAUUUCAAUAACAUCGAAUAUACGCUGCCACCGCUAGGUUGCAGGAGGACGGCUUAUGUGACAGGCGCAAACGACCAUGCAAGAAGGUUACAGUAUUUGGCAUUACAUGACUUGUCAUGUAAACGAAUUCAAGGUUAGCAAUUUUAACAUAUCACACAUUUCUCUAAUUUUUACACAGUAAAAUACGAAUUUUGGUCGGGCGACUUUUUGGCCUGAUUGCAAACUCUUGAAUGAAAGAGACAGACGACUCGCUUUUAUAUUCGUUUGUUCUCAUGAUCUCGUUUUCUUAUUGUGAUAAUGUGUUUGUUUGUUUGUUUUUGUUUUUUAUUUGUUUUCUUGUUUCAUUUAGUUUAUCUCUUCAGUCCAUAUUUUUGUGUUUACCGGAUGAACAUAGGUUGUUGAUAGCCCUUGGACGCCGAACAGUGCAGAACAGAGAUUCUCUGGUAAAAUGACAGACUUGGUACUUGUUGACUGUUAUUUACCACAGUCCCCGGUCACGCAAAAUUAUUUCUCAGACAUUGAUAGAGGGACUGCUGCCGCUGGCCUGAUGAUAUCUGUAUCUAACGAUGGUGAACACAAAAGCGUCAAAAAUCUCACCUUUUUAUCGUAUGAUUCAGCUUGCAUGACUUGUAACAUUUCUUCUGGAUGCUUCUUCAAGGCAAGUCUCUUUAAUUUAAGUUUAGAAAAUCAAAACGAAAUAAACCCGAGUAAAUUAUUUCUUAUUGUAAAUAAUAAGGGUUUAACUCUAAACGGUUUACAACUAAUGAAGCUGGGAGUCUGAAUCAUGAAGUGUUCCUGAUGGUUUUGAGGAAAUUAGCUUGAAUUUAAUGUUUACAGGUGAGCCAAGCUCUGCGUAUUUCCCAGUAUUUUUAAUUUAUCCAUUAGUAAUGUCAGGGUUUGGGAAAAAAUAGACAAAAGAGCAAAUUGAAAUUAAUAGCAAACAUUCCCUUGCUAGCUACGCGCAAAACUUUUUUUACAUAAUAUACUCCUGCUGAUGCCAAAGGCUGGCCUUCGCAGGUGGAUCUAGGGGCUCCAAGAUUUGCGUACUUUUGAUCUAGUUAUUGGUAGAUCGGUCCCCAUCUCACAUCAGAUCUAAACGCUCGUUCUUCGCAAUUAAUAUAUUCCAUAUAUCUUACACUGCAGGGGAACUCUUGCCUGAUAAAUGGUUAUUGCUUCGCCCCAGACGAGAAAAACCCUACCGACUGGUGCUACCAGUGUCUUCCUAAGGUCAACACAACCUCCUGGACGAAACGUCAAGGUAAUUCAAAUAAAGUUUUUUUUUCUUUUUACAUCUGCAAAUGAGAUUAGGAUAUUUAAAUUAAUAUCAAGUUUCUAGAUGCCUAUUAUGCCUUGCAAUAGCCCCCCUUCACCCCUCCCCUUGAAAAUAGUUGGUGUUUGCCAAGUUAUUAACUUUAGGAUUGUUCUUGAUUAUAAUGCUAAAGUUAUAAUCCUCAAAUUUACAGCAAAACUUUUGAUGUCACAACAGGCGUUGUUGCUAUUUGUCGUAAUUUUAAUCACCGUUAUCAUGAAAUAGUAUCAUUUGUCAACGAUAUAGUCCCUUCAGCCGUGAAUUGUGACGUUUCGUGCGUAUAAUUCUGGCGUCCUUCAGGCAAUGAGGUUGAUUGACUACGCCUUCGCAUGAUGCGGGUUCGCGCUCAAUCUUGAUUGGUAACUUUUCAACGGCUGUCAAUAAAACGUUUUGGGGGUGUGCUAUUUCGACUUUCCUCUGUCGUAUAACUGUGUGUGUGUGUGUUGUUAGUUUGUUUUUUGAUCAUGCAUAUCCAUGCUUCUGGAUUUCCUUCCACAACGAUGAAAUGUACUGUCGCAACAUCGAAAUUUACAUUUGAAGUGACCAGCUCGUGAAACUUACAACUUUGCUUCAUGAUUAUCUUGAUUCUCUUCAAGGUUUUCCUCAAUAGCUUCUAAUAAAAAGUGUUCACACCUUUAGCUAACCUUCCACCCACGUUUUCGCCCACCACCGAGUACUUCGCUGUAUCUGGAGAAGCCUUGCAACUGACCAUUGAUGUUGUGGACCCAGAGGGCAUGCCUGUUACAUUUUCACUAAUGCAAGGAAGCCCAACCAAAGCGUCGGUCGUCGACAAAGAUUUGAUUUGGAAUGCCACCAAUGAUACCUCGACUCAGUUUUUUCUCAAAGCAACAGACGCUUGUCAAGCCACAUCGUAUGCUAAUAUCAGUGUUUCCUUGGUUGUCUACCAGUGUCAGAAUAAUGGAACCUGUAUGCCCCACCCAAACAAGCCAAGAGGGUCAGGGUUUUAUGCGUGUAAUUGCAUGCCAGGGUUUACUGGGGAAAACUGUGAGACUAACAUCGACGAUUGCCGGUCCUUUCCAUGUAUUCGAGGUAGAGUUAUAAUUCCUUUUUACCAUGCCAUAGAAGGCAGUGAACACUUUUACUUUAGGAGACACUGUUUAGGGAUUUAAACCGCAAAAACGGAGCACUCAUCUACUAACUGGAAAUUUGCUUUUCUAACCCUAACCCUGCUGUACUAUCCUUUUCAAAGAUCAAAGCAGUGACCAGAAAGCUAAUCGCAUUCAGAAAGAGUUUGAUUACAGUGGAAAUGGAACGAUUCUGUGGCUUAGCCAGGGUAGAUCAGACGAACUCAAGACAGAAAUGUAUGAGUUUCAAUUAGCCACGCAAGAGUCAUGAUUUAUUUAUUCAAUCCACUCGAUAUAGAAAAAAUUUCAAAAAAAAGGAAUAUUUUCCCGUAUUAGAGUCCUAAACUAGGUAUAACAUCGAUAAAUAUCAAACGGAACUGAUACUAGGUAAGAGGCGUUAUUUUGUAGCAGGGCAUAAUCAGGAAUGUGAAAGGAGUGAUUUACGUUGAAUACGAUUUUACUGACACGACAAGUCUACUGUCCAUUAAUUUCAACAGACGCUAGGUACCUAAGGACUCUCCUUUUUCGUUUAAAUCGAUUUUUUGUGUAUUCAUUUUCUUUCUUAGGUCGGUGCAUCGAUGGAAUCAAUACUUACAGGUGUAUCUGUGACCCUGGAUAUGUUGGUCGCAAGUGUGACACCGAUUAUGAUGAUUGUAGUUCUUCUCCUUGUGCCCAUGGUUAGUAAUACAAAGUUGUACUCAGAUGCCCCGUUAUGGGCUUGAGUUUAAACUUUAGGCUUGCAGGUGACAAUGCUAUCCAGAGGAUGCAUAAGUGAAUCAUUUUUCACAUUUAGGCUCAACACCUUUUUGAAAAGAAAGUCAAAAGAUGGAUGAAAAGAACAAUAAUUUGUCAAAUACUUUUCAAUUGGUUUUGACAUGGAAAAAUUUUAUGAGCACAUAAGAUUUGUCAUGCUAAUAAGUGUGAAAACCAAGUGUAGACUGCGCGUAGAUUUUACCAUCAUGAACGUCUGAGUACAAACGGAGAUGUGUCUAGUUAUGACAAAACAUAAGUUUGCAGGAUGUUGAAUCGUGCGUUUUCACUAUCUAAUAGCACAUUAUCAUCUAAAAAUCUCUUCAUCAAAAUUGGUGCUGUCCUCCGGAUCAAAUUGCGAGCUUUGUUAUUAUUUCGCAGGAAAUUGCACGGACUACACCGGCGCAUACAGAUGUACUUGUGAUCCUGGAUACCGAGGGCUUAAUUGUACUGAGGAUAUUGAUGAAUGUGAGUCGUCACCCUGCGCAUUUGGUGAGUUAUCAAAAAUUUCUUUGAUUUUGUAUCACCCAUGUAAACAAACGGCAAGAUUUCCGUAAAACCCCUUUCCUUUGUUAUGCAUUCAAUCAUUUUAGGCAAGGGAUAAUAAACUGCAGUGUAUGAUCUUUUGGUAACAUGAUUUCGUGUGCAAUUUGGCGUCAAUAAGCGCAAGUAAUUUUAUAAAAGAUAGCAACAUUGCACGAGUCUGUAGGGCGUGUGCAAUUUACAUUCUUUCAAAAAUUUACAAGUGCUUAUUUACACCAAAUUGCAAGAGAAAUCAUCUUAUUGCUCAUUAUUAAUUUACUCUAAAAAACCUUCACAGCAAGUCAAGACACACGAAAUUCUGGCAGCGUUCGCUAUUAGCUAUUUGCACUCCGGUUACAACUUUGCAAUCGUAUUAAAGCUUUGUACUAGUUUUGCUUGAAAUAUGCAACCGUUUUCCAAUCAGAAGCGCGUACUUUUUUCAGGUAUAUAAUUAUUUGAUGAAAUAAAAACAAACAAUGGCAAAAAAAAUGGUUUACCUUGGGAAGUAAUGAUUUGUUAUGGAAUCGUCCGGGAUUCUAUGGAAAUUUUUCGAAACUAUAUGAAAAAAAAGAGACAAAAGCACGAAUCGAAAACUAAUGGACAAAACUUACUGCAGAGCAAUUUCUGUAAAGCUCACUAUUAUUCUAAAGCAAACACAAGGUCCCAAAAGUAAACAUCGUUUACGACAUUAUUUUUAUUUAAUCAACGAACAGCAAAUAAUGUAUAGGGUUAUUCGGUAACCUUGCCAUUGAUGCUUGUCCGUCCAAAUCAUCAUGACUAAUGUUUUUUGUCAUGAUUGGCUGAUUUUCCUUCACCAUAUACUGUAACAAGUAGCAAGAAACACAAUCCCAGCCAAUACUAAUUGGUUAUCAUAGGUAUUCAUUUUUCAUUUUUUUUUUACUUAUAGGAGCAUGCGUCGAUCACGUUAACAAAUACUCGUGUGUAUGUGAUGACGGUUACAAAGGAUACGACUGCGACGUUGAAAUCGACGAAUGCCUGCCGUCUCCUUGCAUUCGUGGUAAGUUUUAAGCGGCAAUUCUUAACAUUAUGAUGCGUUUUCAUUACUUUUCGAUGCUUCGGAGUCGAAUGCACUUUUUAAAAUAGAAGCUUUCAUCUCAUUUUCAAAUGGCUGGCUUGGUUGACGUCACAAGCAUCGAACCAAUUUCACGCGCUUCAGCCAAUGCAUCUUGCAUAGGGAUCUUGCGCAGGGUGAAUUCAUAGAAUUUCCCUACGCAGGAUACAUAUGCAUUUAGAUUCAUGUAUUGCCACGUGUUAAUUGAUCAGCCAAUAGCAAUCGGAUCCAGCGGAUCGAGAGAAAUUUAAAUUGUAGGCGGGUAACAAUGUAUCAAAGUAAAACUAAGAACUACUCAGAUCUUUCAUACUUAAUAGAGUGGUUUAGCAAGAGGACGGGAACGUCAUUUCAGAACGGCGCGCGCAGCAAAAAUGCCGAGAAAAAAACUGGGUCGAGAACGCCGUCGCGUUGUGUUGAAAAGUGACUUAGCAGUCGUUUCAACGAACCGUCCACGUUAUAUUUGUUCUUGAAUAUCCUAACCUUGGCUCUUUAGGAUCAUUAUCAGCUUUGAAUUUUCGGUUUCAUAGACCACUUGAAGGACAACGAAAUUAUCCUCUUUGAGAGUGUAACAAGCACAAACCGAGGAUAGCUUACUACAAGUGAGUUGUUAAUAUGAAUCCACAUGGGCGAUUAAACUUUGAAAUUAUUUCAUUCCAGUUAAGUCUCGAGUCUGAAGAUUCAUCUAUCAAAUUUUGAAGCCCACUAAAAUAUUUUUUUUUCUAUGAUUUAUAUCGCUGUCAUUUCGUUUCGUGCUUCUAGAUUUCAGCACUGCUCGUUUUUCUUCUGAUUUUAAUUGUAAAGUGUAAUUUGGAAUUGAAAUCGUCGCCGUUUUUACCCUUGUUUGCUGAAUAUUCUUCUCAAUCAUGACAGUACACCUAUUUUAAGCACCACCUUCUUAGAGUUGCAAUGCAUUUUGAACGGAGUUAUCAGGAGUUAUGGCGAAAACAUGUAGAGAUCAAGCGACCCAACGAUGGAGUUGUUUACAAUGAGUUCCCGUUGAACCAUGAACGAAUGAAAUGCACUCAAACUAGUCACCAACGAAACGGUUAGACUGAGGAAUCAGACUUCGUUCCUGUUUUGUUUUGUUUUUGUUUAAUUUAAUUUUUUUAACGAAUAAAUUCGUUCAAGACUGAAUCAAAUUAAUAGAUUUAGAAAGCCGUGUCGAAAUCAAUUUGAUUGUUAUUUUCUUUCGUAGAUGACUUUCUUGUCUAAGUUUUCACCGGCGCUGAUCAAAACUAAAGACAUAAAAAAGUGGAAACCCGAACUAUUCUCAAUUUUUUUUUAAUCUCUGAGUUCAAUUCGCAGAGCACUUUUUAAUCACAGUUAAAACGACAAUGACAACAAAUAACACUAAAAAAUGUAGCAGGUAACCUUCGUGUUCUUCCAUUUUGAUAAACUUCAACAUGAAGCAAGUUUAAUUUAUUGAUGAAUUAAUUCACGAUAAAAUUAACAGUACCCGUUCUUAGAGUUUUCAUACAUGGUUCAAGAAAUGUAUCAAAGAAAAGCCCUUACGUUGCUUAAAGCCACGCUCAAUUACAAAAGGUAACUGAGCCCUAAAAUCUUAGAUCGCUUGCUGACGAUCGUGUUUCCUUUCGGGAAUCCAGAAUAAAUGUAGCGGUAAAUUUUCACAAACUCACCGAAUAAAACAAAGAAAGGAACCUGGUUAUCCUGGAAAUGAGUUCUGAAAUCAUUCCAAACAGCAUUAUCUCGUUUAUAAGUGUACAAUUAACGCAAAUCCUAGGCGUUUUGAUCACGACGGGAAAACCAGCGAAAUGACGUCCUGAACUUGAUGGGGAGAACGGCAACGCUAACACCGGAAGUCGAAAUAGAGUCGUGUCCAGAUUAUCCGCGCGCUUUCCUGUUCUGAAAUGACGUUCCCGUCCUCUUGCUAAACCACUCUAAUAAAUGAUUAAGAGGAGUAACACGGACAUGAAGCUAGACGACCAUGCCUCGUACAGGUUGUUUCAAGUAUUCAUAGUCACCUCGAUACACUUUUUUUUGUCAGGGACUUGUAUUGACAAAAUCAACAAUUUUACCUGUAUAUGCCCAACCGGUUUUACUGGAGUUAGAUGCGAAGAGAACAUAGACGAUUGUGUUUCAGCUCCGUGCUUAAAUGGUACGAAAUCAUGUUUCACAUUAAUUGUCUCUUGAAUUUCAUGCACGAUUUGAUUUAGUAUCAAGUAUAAGAGCUAGCCCUUCAAACCAACAUUACUAAACUACUGAAAUAAUCACUGAGCACGAUAAAUAAACUUUAUUCCAUCUCUAUUACUUGAUCAUGAUCCAAAGAUUUUAAGAAUUCAGGAAGAGGAAACAAUUAUCUUCAUUUCAAAGAAGUGUUAUGUAUGCUCUAAAAAACACAUGAUAGUUUCCAUCUCUGCCAUUAAAAACCGCGCAAAAAAGUUGCUACUACCGCGGUUGGAGAUCGAACGACGGAGUUACAAAAACUUUAAAAUGUGCUAGAAAUUCGACUUUGGCCAACUUCGCUUUGAAAACGCCUCAGUAAUCCAGAAUCUCUCACGUAUGACAUUCCAGGAUUCCACUUAAAUUGCAGUAAUCAAAAGCGUGUGUUGUGAACCGCCUCCACAUUGGCUAAAAAUGUAGAAGAGAGCAGAAACAAACCAAACAUUUAUCAACAGAGUAACAGGUUGCACAUCUUAAGGCAAUAUCGAUUCGAUUAAUUUAUUUAUUUGUACGGAUGUUUACUCUUUAAAAUUUCAAAACACAUUCUGUUAUUAUUUCACACAUCCUUCUUAACUUACGGCACACUUCCUCAUUGGCUGCAGAUUCUCGCGUAGAUAAAUCGAGUAGUGCGCUAUUCGCUAGUUUGCAUUCCGCGAAAGCUUCGUCAAUCUGUUUCUGAAGUUUCUUCGCCGUAGACGGCUCUACUUUGUCCGCGCUGAGUGUGUGCGAAGCGCUUUGACAACUGUUUCAAAUAUGGCUCGCGCUGUUUCUCGUCUGAUCAUUGCUUGAUCAAAGAAUCGUUCCAUUUGCUCGCGUUCUUUGUUCGCCUUAUCCCUUUGUUCCGUUUCUGCGCGCGCUCUCAUUUGCACGUCCGCUAUGUGGUUAAUAAAGUUAAUCUUAGCUUUUGUCGCUUCGGUGAACUCCUCCUGGACUUUGUUGAUCCAUAUUUCGGCGGCUUCUAGCUCGGCGUCGUCUGAUAAAAGCAUCGCGUAGAGAUCGUGCUUUGUUUCCAGGACAUUCCAUGCUUCCAGGAAUUGAGCGUAGUUGUUUUCCACGAGUUCGUGAUUGCUGGCUGAUGAGAUGGACUUCAGGAGUUCGUUCCUUUUUCUGGUGAAUCUUGAUUUGGCGACGCGACGGACGUUCUUGGCUUCUUCUGCCAUCGCGCUGAUGAACGGGUUUCGAAAUACGGGGACCCAGCGAAAGUCGCGGACGUGAUAAUUAAUGAGAUAAGACGCGUAAGAUCCAUCCGCGAAGGCGAAAACAAGCGAUUCAUGGAGCUGGUAGGAAUCAUAGAAGACGGAUAUCGUGACCUUAAGAGACUUGGCUUGGAAGCAGAAAUAACCACAACGAGCUCAGUAAGCAUCAUAGAGAGAAAACUCCCGCCAGACGUACGCAAAGAAUGGGCUAAACUAUUAAGUUCUGACGACAGCACUGUGGACAAAACCAACAAGUUUCCGAGCCUGCUCAAAUUUUUUACUUACGCAAAACGCGCUAUCGAGUACGACGAUUCUGAUCUUCGCGCGCAGGGCCCAGCCAUAACGAAGGCAGUUGUCCAUUACGCCACAGCGGAUGAAAGACACGACAGCCGCAGCCAGAGAACUUACAGCAAGUGCGUCGUUCACGAAAACUCGAAUCAUCUUACCAAGGAUUGUAGAGUAUACCUCGAUAAAACAGUAAGCGAAAGACUAUCAACAUUGAAAGAAAAAGGUGCGUGUUUUUCCUGCCUCAGAACCGGUCACCGAUCACGCAAUUGCCGCUCUAAAAGGAUUGCGGCGUCAAUGAAUGUAAGAAGAAACAUCAUCCCACAUUACAUGAAGAAGAUCAGACAGAGACUCCAAGCGCAUCCGCAAUAUCCAGUGCAUGCAGCCAUGGGGGUAAUGAGACCUGCAUCCUCCAGUUGCAACAAAUAAAAACUUCUAGAGGACAUGCAAACGUCUUGUGGGACAACGCAUCAUCCAUUAGCCUCAUAACCCGCGACAAAGCACGGGAAGAAAGACUGCGCGGAACACCACUGGAAAUCUCUCUCGUGAAGGUGGGAGGGAAGGAAGAGAAGAUAAGUUCCAGAAAAUACAAAUUGCCGCUCAUUGACCUCAAGGGCGAAACGACGCUUGUGGAAGUUUGCGAAAUAGACAAAAUUACCACCGACAUUCAAAGUGUUAACAUGGAUAAGGCACUUGACGCUCUCAAGAUACAAAGGGGCGACGUGACUCGGCCGAAAGGCGCCGUUGACGUCCUCAUUGGGUAUGAUUACGCAGGCUUCCACCCGGUAAAAGAAAGAAAUGUCGAACACCUAAUGUUAUUGAAGAAUCGUUUUGGACGAUGUAUAGGCGGGACACACCCUUCCAUUCGGGAGAAUAACCACAAAUCAGCAUUCGACGCAUGUGCAAACCACCUAAAAGCAGUCAAAAUUGACGAUACAAUAUCGAGAGAUUAGGUGUUAGCUGCGCCGCGCUGCGGGAGGCUGCAAAUGCGGAAAAUGCGCUCCUGGAACCAGCGAUUACACUCUGAAAGAAGAAAGGGAGCUCCAUCUCAUCGAGAAAGGCCUUCAAUUUAACGAACAGGAAAAAUGCUGGAUCGCUGAAUAUCCCUGGAUUCGCGACCCACACGACCUGCCAGAUAACAAAAGAGCUGCCUUUGGAAGACUCUUAAGCACCGAGCGAAGAUUAUUGCGAAAUCCCGAACAUAGCAGAGUUUAUCAAAAUCAAGUUGAGGACAUGGUAGAACGAGGAGUAGCUAGGAAACUAAGCAAGCAAGAGCUCGAAACUUAUAAAGGCCCUAUCCACUACAUCUCCCACCACGAUGUUCUAAAGCCUGAUUCGAAAUCGACUCCAGUGAGAAUCGUCUUUAACAGCAGCGCGAACUAUAUGGGACACGUCCUUAACGAGUACUGGGCAAAGGGUCCCGAUCUGUUAAAUAAUCUUGUAGGAAUCCUCGUGCGAUUCAGAGAACACGAAAUGGAUUCAUCGGAGAUGUGAAAAGAUGUAUCACACCGUGAAGACCAAGAUCAUAGAGCAACACACGCAUCGUUUUCUAUGGCGCGACAUGAAACAAGCAGGGAUCCGGAUACGUACGUUAUACAAAGAGUUUCAUUUGGAGACAAACCCUCGGUACCAUAGCGACCGUAGCCAUGAGAAAGACAGCGGAACUAUCAAAGAGAAUUAUCCCAAGCCGCGAAUACCGUAAUAUCCAACUCGUACAUGGAUGACAUUGUAGACAGUGUACAUAGCGACGCACAAGCUAAGCAACUAACUAAUGAGAUUGAGGCAGUCCUAGUCAAGGGCGGAUUCAAGAUAAAGGGUUGGUUCUAUUCGAACGACAAAACAGCAAACGAAAUGGCUUUAGAACCCAACCAGCAAAAUUCAUCAACAGAGAAAGUACUCGGCGUCAUUUGGAGUACAGACAAGGAUCAAUUCCGGUUUAAAGUGGAAUAGACUUAACUCUGACGAAAGCCAAAGGACGCAUCAAAGAAAACCCAACUACUGGCGAAAUAACGAAGAGGAUUAUCCUCACAGAUAAACCGCGUGUAUGACCCUCUUGGUCUAGCAGCUCCCGUUACGGUCAGAGCGAAGAUUUUGAUGCGCCAGCUUUGGGCAACAGAAAAGAAACUCGGCUGGGACGACCCUGUCCCUGAGAAGCAAAAGGAUUAACUGGCUGGAAUUCUUCCAAGAUCUGCGCAAUUAUGGAUCAAGUUAUAUUUCCAAGAUGCCUCAAACCAUCAGGUGCACUCGGUCUGCCGACUCUUAUCAUAUUCAGUGACGGGUCAGACAACGCUUACGGAGCAUGCUUACAUCAGGUGGACAUUACCGGACAACAAAUUUGAAACUAGACUGAUCAUGUCAAAGAACCGACUCUCGCCAAAUAGGAAAUUAUCAAUCGAUCGAAUUGAACUUUGCGCGGCAGUCUUAAGCAAAAGGCUUAAAAACUUUCUGGACAAAGAAUCCCGCUACAAGUUUGCGAAAUACUACCACAUAGUCGAGGAUGAUCCAAAAGGAAUCUUACGGCUACAAUACAUUCGCGCUACUCGCAUCGGAGAGAUACAGGAAGGUACCAAUCCCCAAGACUGGUAAGUGAUAAAACAUCGCCGAUUGGAUAACACGAGGUAAGCGACCAAGCGAUAUCAAAGCGAAAGCGACUGGCAAAGGGACCUAGAUUUCUACAACUCCCGGAAUCAGAAGUCCAUCACCCAGAGUUACCAAUGAAAACGGCAUUAACAACACUUGCUGCAGAACAGGACUCGCUCGCGAGAAGAAUUGAUAUAAACAGACAAAGGUAUUAGCCAUGUAUGCAAGAGAACCAGUUAGUCUGAAGAAUGCGACAAAGACCCUGACGUCCGGACGAUAUUUCUAAAGCAGAAGGUUUUGGAUCAUUGACGCGCAAAGAAAAAUGCUUACAGACGUCAAAAAUCUAAAUAUAAGCGUUUGUGUCCAAAGCGCAGAGAAGAUGGAGUAAUAGUGGUUGGUCAUCGGACCGGCAAAUGGGUCUACUACGAUAAGAGAGAAGUGAUCCUCAUUCCUCGUGAGCAUCGUUUCUCCAAGCUUUAUGCGGAACAUAUACAUCGAAAAGGUCACCAUGGCGUGUUGCAAAAAAUUCGAUUACGAUUCUGGAAAUUCAUAACAUAGUAAAGUCCAUUAGAUACAACUGCGUCACUUUUGGACGAAAACCUUAAAUAUUUCCAGAAGAGAGAUAUGCCCUCACCACCCUGGCAAUACCUUUUCGGACGUUUAAAAUAGAACAAUCAAAUCUAGAAAAACGUCUGCUGCGCCCAUUGACAGAUAAGGUGUACGAAGCGAUCGGACAGAGCGUUGCGACAUUUCAGAACUGAGCGGAAUCCAGCGCCGAAUGAAAAAGUUGGUAUAUACAAGGGUCGAGGAUAUUCAACAAUCGAGCGACCUGUAUACAAAGCGUCUAAUCGUACUGGUUCCUUUCCACGAUGAUGAAGAUAACCCCGGAAAAAGGACAUUAAAUGAAACGAAUAACUUACGAAAUGUAAAUUAAGAAUUAGGUCAAUACCUUCGAAAUGUAAAUUAAGAAUUAGGGAGGCGUGGAGUGUUUCGGCCGCGACGAAAAUUAGAUACGUCAUAGCUACUUAAUUAGGUUAAUCACCGUUAAUAACAUUAGUACGACAAGCUUCCUCCCGAAGUCGACAUCUGAGGCCAUCGGGUAUGUAAAAUCUGUGGUUCGUUUUCUUUGAACUUUGUUCAUAUAACCUGAUAAACUGUUUGUAAUCAUAGGUUUCGAAAGACUCAUCAAUAAACAACAGAAAGUCCUUUGAAACGUGGCUAUUUUAUACCGUUAACGCUUCGGUCGAGGAAACACAUGUAACAUUUCGGAAGAGUCCACAAUUAAAUGUUUUGCAAAAAGGUGUUCUACUCCAUAUCUAAGAAAUGAAUUGGUUACAAACCAAAAUACCUUUGUUAAAUAUUUGGAUAGAAGAUUAUAGACUAGUCAAUUCUAGAAAAAACGUCUGCUCCCAUUGACAGAUCCGCGCCCAUAGUGUACACUGCGGAUCCAUUGAGAUCACAGAUCAGUGUAAUCGAUCCUAUCCUUUUUUUUCUAGGGACCUGCAUUGACCUAAUAAAUAACUACACGUGCAAUUGCUAUGCUGGCUUCACUGGAUCAAACUGCGAUAUCAAAAUAGAGAACUGUACCGAAGAUUCCUGUUACCCUAAUGUGACUUGCUUCAAAAACAGCGAGAUUAUAAGCUGUGGUCCAUGUCCGUUUGGGCUCACCGGCGAUGGAAAGAAUUGCAAAGGUAUAAAUUUCACAAUGAUAGAAUCCUUGCUCGCUACUUAAGAUCGGAUGGUUGGAGUGGAAACGUUCAUAAACAGUUCCUCCUUGUUCUGUUUCCCCUUUUUCGGAUUCCUUUUUUUUUAAUCAGUCUCACAAACAAGUAAAGAAAUAAAAAAUACAAUAAACUUUCUUCACUUUCAAGUGACAAAUGUAAGGUUAUAAUAAUAAUAAUAAUAAUAAUAAUAAUAAUAAUGAUAAAAUAAAGAUAAUAAUGAUAAUGAAAAAGGUGAUUGUGGUAUGCUUUAAUUUCGUAAAUGUUUAGACAUCAAUUACUGCGUCAGUCAUGAGUGUAGAAACAAUGGAUCGUGUGUAGAUGGCAUCAGCAAUUACUCAUGUAACUGUCUGGAUGGGUUUGCUGGAGAUCGUUGUGAGACUGGUAGGUUGAAUUAUCGAAUCAUGCGCUUCUAGUUGUCUGGAGUUUGACCUGUCUCCAGAUUUUCUCUGGGACUUUCACGUAUUUUUUAUAAUAGUUUAUAUAUUCUAUCUAACAGAACAGGUACAAAAUCGCUUACAUUGCUUGGUUUCUAUUGUUUGUUUGGUCCAAUGAGCACUUUGCUACACACUUUAAAUUCAACUUUGUACUUUUUAUAAAUCAGAACUGAAGAUGACAGAAGAACUCUUGAGACAUGUUUUAAAAAGAAAAACGUCGUGUACUUCCUUAAAUUCCAGACAUAUCUGGUGCUAUUCAGAUCAAAAUAUGAUUAAAGUAAAAGAAAAAAGAUACUUUGUAAAAUGACUUAUGACAAGGGGUUCAAACCAAACUUUUUGGGCCAGGAUCAAACGAAAACUUUUAAUAGCCCACCAUGUCUUUAACUUGGAACAGGUAGAUUAAUUGAGCCUAGAUUUGACUUGUGCUUGCAAGGUUCUGAUACCCACAAUUUGUCCAUCCCUUUCUGACUGUUAAUCCGGCUUUUGUCUUGACUUAUGAUUAUUACUACUGAUAACGCUAUUGCUGUCUCUAUUUAAAUCCAUCAAAGACGUAGAUGACUGCGUUAAUCACACGUGCGCUAAUGGUGGAUCAUGUGUAGAUGGUGUCAAUAACUACACGUGCAUUUGUGUGGCAGGAUUUACUGGAGAUCAUUGUGGUUCUGGUAUGCUGGUUUCGACCUCUUUGUUGUCUCUGCUUUAUCCUUAGUAUUUUCGAGCUUUACCCGAGUGUUUUACAAUAUCUUUGAAAUACUCAACGUUCGAAGAAUGAAUACAAGAAUAAACAUCAUUCUGAAAUAAACUAAUUCAUCAAUUCGUAUACACUAUUUUGCAUCCAUUGUUCAACUAUCUGUUUUUCGUUAAACAUUUCUCUGAAAACCCUUAUUGCCUAUAGACAUCGACGACUGCGUGAAUCAUACCUGCAAUGUCAUUGGUAGUUCGUGCUUGGACGGUGUUAACAACUACUCGUGUAACUGCCUGGAUGGAUUCACUGGAAGCCACUGUGAGACAAGUUAGUACUGAAAACAGACUAUAUUACAAAUCAUAGUCUUUGUUUUAAACGUGCUGGUUCCCAAUCUAACACUGAUUUUCUUUAAGAAAGUUAACCAUAUCUUAAUUCACUAGUUUUAUUAAUCGACAACGACUGCUGCGGCACGUACACAUGCGCAUCGUGUGUAAACGGUACCAACGACUUCUUACGCAGUUUCCAGUGUGGGUAUUGAAAAAAAAAUUUUAAAAAAAUUAAAAAAUUCGCGGCUAGCUUUGUGUUUGUUGACGAGGUUUCUCUCUAUAUAUACAUUUCUGUUUUCGAUUGUCAGACAUCUUGUUUCUGUAAGAUCUAGUUUGCAAUUAAAAGAGUCAUGACGUUUUCACAGUUUGGGCCCGGUGUAAACUGGAUAGUGUGUAGAUUGUUCACCAACCUUGGUAAGAACGGAUAUUUCAUAUCCAUUUGCAGACAUUGACGACUGUACGAAUCAUACUUGUAAUCCCAUUGGUGGUUCGUGCUUGGACGGUGUGAACAACUAUACGUGCAUUUGCCUAGCUGGUUUUACAGGAGAUCGAUGUGAGACGGGUUAGUAUUAAUGGCACCCUACUGUGGUUGAAAUAGUUCUUUACUGAGUAUUUGUGAAUAGCGGUUAAAUAAUUCUUCCCUAGAUGUAUCUUUUCAAGCUCAGUGACCUUUUUGGGACUUUCGAAUGACCUUUUUUUCACUUCUGCAAUGUAAUUCUUCCCUUUUUCUUAAGACGUUGAUGACUGUGUUAACCACGCAUGUGCUAAUGGUUCGACGUGCGUAGAUGGUAACAACAACUACUCGUGCAGUUGCCUUUCUGGGUUUACUGGAGAACGAUGUGAAUCUGGUAAGGUUUUCCAACGACUGAAAUAUUUUAUUUGGAAUGAAGUUGAUUUUCUUUCUUGACCAUGUGGCCGUGGCCCUGUUAUUUUGCUUGUUAAUGUCAUUACAACUCUCGUCAACUCAAGUUUGCAAUUUGAUGAUAAUGCUUUUUCUGCAUGUAAAAUCGUCAAUCACUCAAUCUUUCUACGAAAACUCGAACAUUACGGAAUACCUGGAGUAGCUGAUUUUUAGUUUCCUUUCAUCUGAAUGAUCAACAUCAAAAUACUUGAGUCGGCACUUAGGUAUCUAAGAAAAAGUUUUUUUCUCUGUGGUGUCUUAGGACCUUUACUGCUCUUGUUGUACAUAGUUGACAUCUAUACCUGUAACAAUAGGCAUUGUUUAGUUGUAGCCUCGUUUGAGUGUUAAAUUUAAAAAAGGACCGGUUUUGAAAGAAUAAAGCAGUUGAUGUAACACUUGAUGGGAGUUAUGAAACGAUUCCUUCGUAACUAAACAUGGUGUCAGGAGUGAGUACGGGAUAGACAGAAACUGUUCGAAAGAAACCUACAAUUCCGACGGACGGACAACAGGCAAGUGCAAAUGCGGGAACGACUGACAGGAUUACGUAGCUUAAACCUCCCGCUCAGUAAGACUUUGAUGCGACAAACUUGGCUGACAGUUGGAAAAGAUGGAAGCAAGAAUUAGAAUGGAUCUGGCAAUGAACGGCAGAGACAAAGCGACGAAAGUAAAGUUAUUUCUGUGUUUAAUCAGCAGUCGAGGAAGAGAAAUUUAUGAUACGUUGGCCUUCGAAAUUCCCGCGUCGGAAAGAACCUUAACGCAGGUUUUAGAAGCGUUCGACGGGCAUUGUAAUCCCAGAAAAAAUGAAACUGUUGAGAGGUUCAAGUUUUUCACCCGUAUUCAGGACCCGUGUGGAUCACAAGAAUAGUUCGUUACAGAUUUGAAGUUGUUGGCGACAACCUGUAACUUCGGUGAUCUUAAAGAUUCGUUGGUAAGAGACCGGAUGAUUUGUGGAAUCCAGGACCAGGAACUUCGAGAAGAAAUGCUUAAGAUCCCAGAUCUUGAUUUACAAAGAUGCCUCAGCAUUUGUGGAGCAGCCAUGUUGACGAAAACACGGCUAAAACUUGGGAAGAGGGCGAAGCAGUAAACUAAUGGAAGGACCAAACGAGGCGCAGCAAGGUAUCAGCUAACAAAAGCCAUGACAAGUCUGCGAACAAAAGGCGCUAAAAUGAUGAUCGGAACGCGAGAGAUUCCAGUCCUAAAGAAGUACUAAGAUGUAAAUUCUGUGGUGGAAAGCAUCCUGCUGCCAAGAAAAGUUGUUCAGCGUUCGGGAAGAGGUGUUCGGUCUGCGGAAGAAUGAAUCAUCCUCUUAGACGAGUACCUGUCGCGUUAAAGGGAAAGCUGUAACGAGAAUUGGAACGACUGCAGAGUCUCGGGAUUGGGUUUCGAGCCUCGUUAUCGUGCAAAAACCUAAUGGACAGAUUCGUGUUUGCCUGGACCCUAGGGACCUCAACAAAGUUCUUAGGAGGAGCCACUAUCCAACCCCGACAGUUGAAACAUUCUACCUGAGCCUACCAGGGCUAAAGUGUUCUCCACUGUGGACGCAAAGAACGGUUUCUGGCACGUUGACCUUGACGAUGACAGUUCACGCUUAACAACAUUAAAUUCUCCCUUUGGAAGAUUUUGCUGGCGUCGCCUGCCCUUUGGUCUUUGUGGAGGAGGAGUUUCAACGAAGGCUUAACCACGCACUCGACGGCCUGACAGGUGUAUUAACCAUUCAUGAUCCAGGAAUGAGCGGUGAAAUCAAGCAGUUUAUUGAAAUGUGUGAUGUCUGCAGGGCGUUUGACCGUAAGCUGCCUAAGGAGACUCUCAUUCCUCAUGAAGUGCCCGACCGGCCAUGGGCGAAAGUUGGAGUUGACUUGUUCACUUACAGGGGUCGGAACUAUCUCACUGGUGUUGAUUACUAUUCCUCUUUCUGGGAAAUCGAUUCCCUUGACAAAACUACUUCGGGGGCGAUAGUACAGAAGUUAAAGUUGCACUUUGCAAGGCAUCGAAUCACGGAGACGUGUGUAUCAGACAACGGUUCUCAGUUUACCUCGACUGAAUUUAAGGAAUUUAGCCGCCAGUGGAACUUUGUGCAUGUAACAAGUUCGCCAGCUUACCCGCAAAGCAACGGAAAGGUAGAAGCAGCUGUUAACUCCGCUAAAAAUGUUAUGAGGAAGUCAAGAAAAGCCAGAACAGAUCCAUACCUCGCUCUCCUCGAAUACAGAAACACGCCUAGUCAAGGAUUGGGCACCAGUCCAGCGCAGUGGUUGACGUCAAGGUUUACAAAAGCACAACUACCCAUCAUUCCUAGGCUUCUCAGGCCAGUUGUCCAGCCCAAGAUUUAUCAGAAGCUUCUCGCCAAGAAAGAAGGACAACUCCUUGCUUACAAUAGGGGGGCUAAGGAUCUGGGAGCACUCAGAAGUAGAGAUACAGUGCGACUCGUGCCGCCUGGAAAUCCGAGUAAAGAAGCUGUGAAAGCAAAGGUUGAAAGGUGUGUUGGAACUCGGUCCUUCGAGGCGGCUACCUAAGAUGGAUCCAGAUAUCGCCGAAAUCGCCGUCACCUGAGGAAAACAAAGGAGGCCUGUCGGAGUUCAAGACCUGCUUUGGUGGCUGAUGGAGGCGUUAGGCAAUCGGAUCAACAGUCGACAUCUUUACCUGAACAAGCACAGACUGGUCAUGAGCUCUCCGCGCAACCGUACCCAGUGGUCGAGUGGAUGCGACCAAUGGCCAUGCGAUGGCACCUCGGCAACCGGGGCCACUUGUUCAGCCUAGUGGGUUACCUGUGCAAGGCUCAACAAGGCGAUCAGGCAGAGUUUUUAAGAAGCCAGCUUAUUUAAGGGAUUAUGUAACCAGCGUCGAAACUUUCUACGUUCCACAAACUUUGAACUUUGUUUACCUUGUUGGUCUUUGUUUAAAUUGUUUUUUUUUUUUAUAAGGAAAAGGAUAUAACAAUAGACAUUGUUUAGUUGUAGCCCUCUCUGAGUGUUAAACUAAAAAGGACGGGUUUUUUUAAGAAUAAAGCAGUUGAUGUAACACUUGAUGGGAGUUAUGAAACGAUUCCUUCGUAACUGAACAAUAGCCUCUCUGAGAAAACUAGACUUUUUCUUAUUUGCUGAUAACACCAACCUGCUUUAUGCUGAUAAGAGUUUGAGAUCUCUUGAAGUAACAACUAACUAGGAGCUAAAGAAUGCGAGCAACUGGUGUGUAGAUCUCUAAAUAUCAAAAUAUAACUUUGAUAUAUUAAAACAGUAUCAAAAACGUGCUAAUUAUGAAGUUAACAUAGAUAUGUUUAACUACAGCGCCAAUUCCCCUGUCCCUCUGGAACGGAAAGAACACAUAAAAUACCUUGGUGUCCUAGUCGAUUUGAAUUUAUCUUUGACUCAACACAUUGCAUUUGUAACGUUGAAAAUUAGCGAGUCUUCAGACAUUUUAUCAAGAUUCAAAUUGUAUUGACAUUAUACCAAUCGCUUGUUUAACCUUUCUUAUCCAAUGGAGAAGUAAAGGGUAAGUUUCUAAAGAAACUGGUGCUACGUCGGUGGGAGAGUAUAUCAGGUAAUUUAGUGUUCAAAACGUAACUUGGCCACCUUGAAGAGUUUAAAGGCUGACGUUUCGAGGGUUAGCCCUUCGUCAAAGCGAUUGAGAAGAGAAGUAGUAGAGAAUUAGACUGAAGCCAAGCUGCCCGAUGAAAUUUGGAAAAGGUUUUGACUUUUCAAAAAUGUUCUCUCCGCGUAUUUGUCAAAUCCUUUAUAUUUCAUUUUGUGCCUUUAUUCAGUCUGUCAAUAAUUCUUCGUAUUAUUAUUAUUAAAAAACCGUUUAUUUAUGCAUGAUUUUGUUAAAGAUCAAACACCCCAUAAAACUGCAUUUGUGGGUAGGGAUUGUUAGAUAUGUAUUUCAAUUGCUAAAGUAAAUCAAUUUUGUUGUUGUUUGUUGUUGUUUGUUUUUGUUUGUUGUUUAACGUUUUUCAUUCGGCGAGGAUCUCCCCGAAAAUCUUUAUCAUGUGACGGGAAGUCUUCGUUUUGUAUUUUUGUUGAGUUUAUUGUUUCGACGAUAAUUUUCUGUGUUCCUAUUUAGUUAUUUAAACAGAAAAUGACAAGGGAAAAGUCACUAAAAGUAGCUUCUACAACGUUGACAAAUUCUUUUGUUUUGUUUUGUUUUUUUUUCAUUUUUUCAAGCUUCUUAAGACUUUCAUCUACAACGGGACAUGGUUACCUACUCUUCUUUCUGUCACAGAUUUUGAUGACUGUGUUAAUCAUACAUGUGCUCAUGGUGCGACGUGUGUAGAUGGUACCAACAACUACUCGUGUAAUUGCCUCGCUGGGUAUACCGGUGAACGAUGCGAAACUGGUAAGGUUUGGAUUGGAACAAGAGGGCUAUUCUGGAAGGUUGCUGUUGUCUUUUUAUUGUAACUUUUAGUUAAACUAUUUUUGUGUUUGGUUUUGACGAUCAAUAUAACUUUUUCGAAUAUUUACAAGUGCGAAAAAAAAAAUUGCAUAAGUCGUUAUCUUCCAUGAAUGUAAAUGCAUAGGUUGUUCAUGAACAUUCCUGAAGUUAGAGGAAGAUCUCAAUUUUUUGACGGGCAUGGUACAAAGUAAAAUAAUCAAUAGCGUGGCAAUGUACUGCAAACCAGAUAAUUAAAAAAUAUUGCUCACUUUAAUGGUAAAGCCAAAACGUUUCAGAAGUGUGUGGUUUUAAUCAGCAUAUUUGAUUAUUUUAUACAGCUGUUUGCAGAAAGGUUGCAUGCGACAACCUCGGGUCGAAUUUCCAACCAACACUUCUAUGAGUACAUCAGCCUUGAGUUCUCAAUCGACCAACAUUUCUGUAGGUACAUCAUCCUUGAGUUCUAAAUCAACCAAAAGUAGCGUAUUUUCCACGCAUCUGGUGACCAGUUCGCUCACAAAAUCCAGUGCUUUGCACCGAACACAAGCCACAUCCGCAGUCAAAGACUCCGUUAUGUCGUUUUCAGUGGUUGGAUAUAUUCCUACGAGCGAAUCCCGCGAAAAGACAACAACAUCUAAGCCGAAUACGGAAGACUAUGAAACCGGUACGUGCAUAUUGGUUGGUAAAAAUUGAUGUCGAAGGAGGAGUAAUCGCCGUAGAACUUAAACCUUUUUGUUUCCCCUUCUGUCCACGAGCGAGUUGUCAAUAAAACAUUCUUCCAAUGCGCAAUAUUUGACACUUAAAUUUUGUUUUUCAUGCCACAAGUUACAAGACUACAGGGAAAAGCUGAGAUUAAAAUUAAUUUGUUUUGUUAUCAAAAUCAAUCCACUUGACUUCUCUUCUAUAGUGGUUGCGGUUGAAAUACGUAUUGAAAGGACAUGGAAUGACGAACUAAGGGAUAAAGCCAGUCCAACCUAUAGAGAUCUAGCCUCCCUCAUUGAAAAUGAGGUAAGAAAUAAGUAAUGCUUGUAGAUAUUUUACUGCCCUUCAAAUGAAUCUUUUACAUUCACGUAUUGUUUCUCUUCAAAAUUAGCAUGAGAAGAAAUUUGAUUAAAUAAAAGUCACACUUGGAAGCCCUAAAAGUGUAACCAGGUGCAAGUCCUUGCUGAUACAUGACCUUACGUUAUUAGGGGCCUUUAAUAACCUUUAGAAAGCUUUCCACCCUUGAAAAAGCUGUCCCGCAAGAUAUUGAUGAAACGUCUUGAGAUCAUCUUUUUAAACUUACAGGUACAAAAACAGUAUUCUGGGCUCAAAAACUUUAUUGGAGUACAAAUUGUAGCAUUCAGGUAUGCAACCUUUAAAUUUAGUAGGUAAAUGAAUGAUGUUACCAUUGCACAAUGCAACUAUUAUAAUGAUCAGUACCUUUCAAUCCCACUUAUUUGAUACAGGCCCGGAAGUGUUGUGGUAGAAUUUAAGCUAUUAUUCAAGAACAAAGUUUCAGAUGACACAGCGGUUGCUCCGUUGAAAAAAGCCGUGCAAAACGGCACUCUUGGUCCUUUGCCUGUCAACCCGGAGUCGCUAAAAAUCAUCGACAGAAUCCAAGACGAAGGUAAUUUGAAGCCACUCUGUAGCAAAAAUAGUAUAUGUAACAGUCCCCUAGUAAUAGCAGUAGGAUCCAUAGAUGCGCGAACGGGAGUUGAUGAAAAUGUAGCGGCAGAAGCAGUAGCACCAUAUUUAGGAAUUACAAGAACGAUGGCAAUAUCAGUAGCACAAGAGCCGACGACAGUUUUAGCAAUAGCAAUGGUAGUAGCCGAGCAAUUGCAGUACAGAAUGUAGCAGUAGCAAAAAUAGUGGAUGUAGCAGCAGAAGCAGCAACGGAAGGAUUUUUAAGAUUAGCGCUACCAACAGCACCAGAAGUAUGGUGGUUUUAAUAGUAAGAGUACUAAACCCGUCCAAUGUUCUUCUUUCAGACCCAAAGAAGGAUGUAAAAGAAAAACUUCCUUACCCACUCAUCAUUGGUGCUUCUUGUGGUGGCAUAUUUGUCAUCGUGCUCGCCAGCAUUUGCCUCGUCCGCCACUGCCACCGUCAAGAGAGAAUUGAAAACCGGCGCGUUUCGAAAGGGAUGUCUCCUGAGGUUCCUCACCCAAGCCCACAUAAUUACGAGCUAAAAGAAACGCGUUCUAAGGAGGACAUUGUCAACUACGAGGAGUUAGGUGUCUGGAAAGACACUGGCAUGUACGAGAAGUUGCACUUUUCCAAUGGAGAAACUCGUUACCAAGAAUUAGGCAUCCAUAGUAUGGCUGCUGAUUAUCAGGAAAUCGGGAAACCGAAUGAUAGUGGCCACUAUCAGGAAAUCGGAAUGGCUUACGAACCUGAGCGCAAUCAGGAGAUUGGCACUCUCAAAAUAAUCGGGGAAAAAUGAACGACAAAAUUGGCAUAUUCUAAAGUUUGCUUAUACACGUUCUUUCUUAAAUAGAUUGCCUGCUCUCGAAUUAUAGAGGACUCGAUAUUCAUUGUCCCUUUGCUGUUAAAUAAAAACAAAAUACGAGUAAAAGAAAAACUCGUGUAAAAACGUAAUUGAAUCGAUUUUCCAAUUUUGCAGGACUACGUUUGAAAUUUUCAUUAAAAAAAAGGAAAACGGAAAAGAAGGCCGACAGAAAAAGGGAUCCAUAUCAUGAUUCCAAAACAAUGAAUUGAAUUACACAUUAUCUCUAAACACAGUUUGGGCAAAUCAGCUUUAAUUUCUGGCUCAAAUAUAUGUUGAUCAUUUCCAGGAUAACUUCACUUUUUCGCGCUUGGAAACUUAUUUCAUCCCUAUCCUAAUGUUGCCUGCAGAACAUCACUUUAUCGUUUGAAAAUGUUUCUUGAAUAGUAAGCAACGAGGACGUUAUAGGCAAAGAAAGCGUGGUCACACUAAUAUAAUAAAACAUUUGCAGGGUGUUUCUUGAAGUUUAGAAACUGGUUUGAGUUAUUUAGCAACAAACAGAGACGCAUACGCGCUUUAGAAUAACUGAAGAGUUCCAAAGAGUCUGAGAGGGGCUGAGUUGUUUGAGGGAUUCAAACUUCACUCUACUAUCAGUGCGUGCUUCAUUUGUUCAGAUGUCGCUAGGUGAAGACGACAUAAAUUGAAGUUGAUGUUAAGAUAAUAUAUCCGUUCAAUUUUCAGUUCUUGGAAAUGGAGAGUGGAAAUCAGUCAUGCGUUCACCGAGCAGGCUAAAAAUAGGACUAAUUCCGUCUCACCACGACGAAUUUUUUCAUUUUCCGUCCUUUAAGUCUAGCUAAAACGAGUAGUGCUAUUGCCACUAUUUAGAUCACUUUGCUUUUGUUAUUGUAUAGCCCAUGGGGUAAUAAGCGUUCGCGCCUGUUUUGAAGACUGCUGUUUUUUGAAGAAAGUCUCAUUUUUUAUAGAACACUUCUUUUAUCUUCGACAUUCCAGGUGCGAUAAACUGAUCAUGAUCAAUUUAAAGAAAAGGACAAGAAUAUUAAUGGAGAAAACACAGCAAUAAUAAGAUCGAUCGGUGAAUCAUGCACCCGAUUCGCUCAAUUGCCUUAAAAUACCAACGAUUAUAAAUCAUCAAAUAUUUUUGCGUGCGUACGAUUGGUCGAAGGGCAUCAGUAGAUCGAAUAAAACCAAUAAAAAUAAAAAUUAUAAAUAAAUUAAAAAAAUUGGAGAAUAUCCGAGGAUAUGCCUCGACUGACAUUUGCCAG